UAUCUCGCAAAUGGCCGCUGUGGAUCUCCUCACUCUUGACGCUCCUUCCAACGUUGCAGCAGCUCGUGAGCACGCUCUUGCUGUCACAAGAGACUACAUUUCGCAACCCAGACUCACAUACAAGACGGUAUCAGGCGUGAAUGGUCCAUUGGUCAUAUUGGACAGUGUAAAGUUUCCAAAGUAUGCCGAGAUUGUAACCCUGACGUUGGCCGACGGUUCAAAGCGAAGCGGGCAGGUGCUGGAGGUCAACGGAUCGAAGGCUGUUGUGCAGGUCUUCGAAGGGACGUCGGGCAUUGAUGCGAAGUACACGACGUGUGAAUUCACUGGCGACAUUCUUCGUACGCCCGUGUCCGAAGACAUGCUGGGGCGUGUGUUCAAUGGAUCAGGCAAGGCAAUUGACAAGGGGCCAGCCGUUCUUGCAGAAGACUUUCUUGAUAUCCAAGGUCAGCCCAUCAAUCCGUGGUCUCGAAUUUAUCCUGAAGAGAUGAUCCAGACUGGCAUCUCUGCUAUUGAUACAAUGAACAGUAUUGCUCGUGGGCAGAAGAUUCCCAUUUUCUCGGCUGCAGGUCUUCCUCACAAUGAGAUUGCCGCUCAAAUCUGUAGACAAGGUGGCUUAGUACGACAACCAGGCAAAGAUGUGAUCGAUUCUCACGAAGACAAUUUUGCUAUUGUGUUUGCUGCUAUGGGUGUAAACAUGGAGACAGCGAGAUUCUUUAAACAAGACUUUGAGGAGAAUGGCUCAAUGGAAGGAGUUAGUCUUUUUCUCAACUUGGCAAAUGAUCCAACCAUCGAACGCAUCAUCACACCUCGUAUUGCUCUCACUACUGCCGAAUUCCUUGCUUAUCAAUGUGAAAAGCACGUUUUGGUUAUUCUCACUGAUAUGAGCUCGUACGCUGAAGCUUUACGAGAGGUGUCUGCUGCCAGGGAGGAAGUCCCCGGUCGUCGUGGUUUUCCGGGCUACAUGUACACGGAUUUGGCGACUGUGUAUGAGCGGGCCGGUCGUGUGGAAGGUCGUAAUGGCUCUAUCACACAGAUUCCGAUCUUGACCAUGCCGAACGACGACAUCACCCAUCCCAUUCCUGAUCUAACAGGCUACAUCACAGAGGGACAAAUCUAUGUCGACAGACAGCUUCACAACAGACAGAUUUACCCUCCCAUCAACGUGUUGCCAUCACUCUCUCGUCUGAUGAAGUCUGCUAUUGGAGAAGACAUGACUCGUAAAGAUCAUGCUGACGUCUCCAACCAAUUGUAUGCCAACUAUGCUAUUGGCAAGGAUGUACAGGCUAUGAAGGCUGUCGUCGGUGAAGAGGCACUGACACCAGACGAUCAUCUAUAUCUCGAAUUUCUCACCAAAUUUGAGAAAACCUUUAUUUCACAAGGAGUGUAUGACAAUCGGACUGUGUUUGAAUCGUUGGAUAUCGGGUGGCAGCUAUUGCGUAUUUUCCCUAAGGAGAUGUUGAAGCGCAUACCUCAGGAUGUACUAGCUGAGUAUUACCCUAGAGAUGGUCGGCAUUAGAGUUCUUACAAUAAAAUUGGAUUGGCUUGUGAUUAAAGAGGUAUGAUUGAAUGAUAUUUGUACAAUAUAUACCUGCAUUACUCUAG